CCAGUCAGCUGAUGACGAUGCUGCCAGUGUGACGUAUAAUCUAGUGGACGGGACACUUCAACAACAACAGCGAGUCAGUCACUUCAGUAGCUUGCUAGGCGACAUGGCCUAAACAUUCAAGCUUUUUAGACUGUUUCAGUGCAUAUUUGCCUAUGUGUUUUAGACAUACUUCUGUUUUAUAGCGAGUUGCCCCAUUUAUUUUCAUAUUUACGUUGUUAGUCAGGCAGACGUCUUAAAUUUGCCUAGCGCUAGGCUAGUCGCUAAUGCUAACUAGCUAGCUAACAUCUCCGACCAUGAGCUCCCUAAACUUCUCCCCUCCAGUUAAAGAAGAGGUGAUCUGCUGGACGGAGAAAGAAGCUCUGGGGCUGAACAUUGUCGUGAAAGAGGAGGAGGAAGAAGAGGAUGUCACAGUAAAACAAGAAGUAGAGGGUGAGGCUGUUACAGUGAAAGAAGAAGAGAAAGACGUUUCAGUGAAAGAAGAGGAAGACGCGUUCAGAGUGAAAGAGGAGGAGGAUGUUACAGUAAAAGAAGAGGAGAAGGAUGUGAAAGAGGAGGACGCAGUUUUGGGAGUGAAGAAGGAGAAAGAGGGAGAGAUAACGGUCAUAUUGACAGAGAAGUCAGGAGAUCUGAUUACCACCAGAGAGAGACCAGACUCUGACAGCGGGAAGAGUUCCUCAGAGGAAACAGACCCAGAGACGCCUAACCAACACCACUGCUCCCACUGUGGAAAGAGUUUUAGGUGGUCAGGGAGUCUGAAAACGCAUGAGAGAAAACACACAGGAGAAAAGCCGUAUCACUGUUCUCACUGUGGAAAGAGUUUUAAGUUGUCAGGGAGUCUGAAAACGCAUGAGAGAAAACACACAGGAGAAAAGCCUUAUCACUGUUCUCACUGUGGAAAGAGUUUUAGGUGGUUAUGGGUCCUGAAAACGCAUGAGAGAAUACACACAGGAGAAACGCCGUAUCACUGUUCUCACUGUGGAAAGAGUUUUAGGUGGUCAAGGAGUCUGAAAACGCAUGAGAGAAUACACAAAGGAGAAGAACCUUAUCACUGUUCUCACUGUGGAAAGAGUUUUAGAUGGUCAGGGAGUCUGAAAACGCAUGAGAGAAUACACACAGGAGAAAAGCCUUAUCACUGUUCUCACUGUGGAAAGAGUUUUAGGUGGUCAGGGACUCUGAAAAAGCAUGAGAGAACACACACAGGAGAGAAGCCUUUCCAACAUACUAAUACACAGGAGGAGACAACAUACCACUGCUCUCAUUGUGGAAAGACAUUUUCCCAGUCAGAGGACCUGAAAACACACGAGAGAAUAGAGAGGCUGUGUUCUGACUUGUGUUUCUGACUGAGAAUUUGUCCACGGCCAGGAUUCACAGGACCAGGGUGUCCGCUAUGGACACCUGGAAGAAAUCAGCAGCGGACAUUUCUGAAGGUUUAUCCAACAGACCUGUACAUCCAGGAAUGGAUCUCUAUAAUGUGUAACUAUUUCUGAUGGUUUAUCCAACAGACCUGUACAUCCAUGAAUGGAUCUCUAUAAUGUGUAACUAUUUCUGAAGGUUUAUCCAACAGACCUGUACAUCCAUGAAUGGAUCUCUAUAAUGUGUAACUAUUUCUGAUGUAUUGUGAUGUAUUGUUUAAUAGAUGUACUAUGUUAGGUAUAUUUAUCUGUGGUUUUAUUUCAACAGAUUUUACUGAUGCUAUUAGAUUGUACUAUGUUAGGUAUAUUUAUCUGUGGUUUUAUUUCAACAGAUUUUACUGAUGCUAUUAGAUUGUACUAUGUUAGGUAUAUUUAUCUGUGGUUUUAUUUCAACAGAUUUUACUGAUACUAUUAGAUUGAAUAGAUAGAAAAAUCUAUAUAGAGCAUGUGCAAAUAAGGUAGGAUAAGAGAGGUUAGGCAAUAAAUAGACCAUGGUGGCGAAGUAAUUACAAUAUAGCAAUUAAACACUGGAAUGGUAGGGAAUGUGAAUGUGAAUAGCAGAAGAUGAAUGUGCAAGUAGAGAUACUGGGGUUAAAUGGAUUCAAUACCCCAUAAUGUCAAAGUGGAAUUAUGUUUUUGGAAAUGUUUACAAAUGUAAUUAAAAGCCUAAAUAAG